GUCACAGAGCAGGAUCAGCCCAGCCUGCAAUCGCCCACAAGGUGUCUGUGGGACAACAGAGACGAGCCUCUAUGCCAGGUCAGAACGUCAAUCGCCCCGCCCCUAACACGCCCACCUCGCCGCGCCGCUCCUCCAAUGUGGUCCCGCCCCACGCACGCUCCACCUCUCCACAGUCCCGUAGCAAGAGCCCCACCCUCGUCAUAUCCCGACAGAUGCCCCUCAAAAGUGGAGGACGAGGGGGAGGGGUCACCGGGCAGGGGGCGGGCUCUUCGCUGUCGUCUGGGAACGCCCAGGGUGGACGUACCACGCCCUCUCAGUUAUCGUCUCAUGGCAAUUCUUCUAACUCGCCCGGGAACUACAACCAAAGCUCUCUGUCUAGUCAGCAAGCCAGGUGCAAGUCCCCAAGCCCCUCCCGGAUGAGAAGCCCCUCCCCACGGACCACACCUCAGAGCGCCACGUCACGCCCUUCAGUUCUGAGAACGUCGUCCAGCUCUUCGCUGCUGAAGGGAAUAGGGCACGGUCAUGAGGGCAAAACAUCCGCUUUAAGAAGAGGAGACAAGGGAACUUUCAACAGCGAUAUUGAAGAUGAAAUGGAAGGAGACGAAGAAGGCAACCACAGAUUCUUAGCUAUUGAGAACGGACACUGGUCUGAGCCGGUGGCUGACCAGCGCAGUCCACGCCACCAGCAGUACGAUACACAGAGCGAGCUGGGCCAGGGGUCUGUCUCGUUUGACGAGCGCGCAGAGUUUCCCGCCGACGCUCGUUCUGCUCCUGAUACAGAAGGACAAGAGGGCGGCGGUAAGGCCAACGUGAGCAUGGACAAGAUCAGCACCAUGACACUGCGAGAGUUCAAGUCACUGCUCAACUCUGCCCUCACCGUGCCAGAGCAAGAGCAGCAGCAACAAAAUGGCGAGGUCUCUUCUCAGACCCGCAUCGGCGCCAGCAACUUGAACGGUGGAGGUGAACCCGUAAACAGACAACUCAACUGGGAUUCCCUGAGGGAUAAAGCACGUUCUGUUAGAGAUUCGAUUUCAUCUAGCGUAAACGCCAGAAAAGGAAGCAGUGGUGGAGGAGGAGUUGUAGACAGCAGUGCGGGAAGGCGGAGUUUACCGCAGUCACCUAUGGACGACAAGCCACGCCCUUUGCCUGGGGACCGCCCAAAGACCCCGGUAGCUUUGAGGAGGAAUGCAAACAACUCUACCCCUAGCACACCCCCUCGGCCCAAGACGCCCACGUCUUCCGUGUCAAGGCCAAAAACGCCGACGUCAAGUGGUGGUUACAGACCAAAAACUCCUAGUAGUUUAGACCGCGAUGGAGGGGAGAGAGAGGAGUACAAAAUGUCGCGGCCAAAGACACCUAGCCAGAUGAAACGUGACGCAGUAGCUAAAGUGGCUGGAGCCAUUUCCAACUGGGUGGAAUCCAGACAAGAAAUAGACUCCGGCUCCACUCAUAACCGCCCCAAGACUCCUACGAGGCCAAAGACACCUGUAGGGUCCAAGUCCUAUGCGCCUCGCUGUCGGUCAAGAGCUGGGAUGGAUGAAGAGGACGUUGAUGACGAUGAAGACGACGACGACGACAAUGACGAAAUUGUUGGUGUUCUUGCCAACCCUCACAUGCAGUCAUUGGCAUCGACUGUGAAAGAGAGGCCGGCCACUCCAAGCCGCAUCCCCAAACCGUGCUUCACUCCACGCCCCGUCACACCAAAAGUCUCAUCGACCACUGACGUCACUCAAGAUGGGAUGGGCAAUGGCGGAGGGCAAUUUUCACAAUCUCACUUCACACCGUCGUCUUCCUCUUCAGCCAAUCAGCUUCUCUCCUCUUCCUCAUCCUCCACUUCCUCCACUCCCGCUGCGUCAUCUCAGUGCCAUCAGAAGAUUUCGCCGUCCACGACGCGUCCGGCAUUUAUCUCCCGGUCCAACAGCAACUCGUCGAGUGUGCGGUCAUCCGAGGACGCCCCUCCUUCCUCGGCCUACAUCCACCCCGAGGACAGGUCUUUCGCUGUUUCCUCUCUCUCAAAAUCUUCGCAAAACAAACCCGUAAAUGUUAUCUCUCGCAAAUGCCAACCAACGAAUGGAUUCAACAACACCAGCAAUAGCAGCAACCAGAAUGUCAACAGCAAGACCUCGCCGGCUAAGUCUUACCGGGACCUGCACGCAGUCCGCCGAUCUGUUACUCCUGGUCCGUACAACUCCAAGAAACCGCAGCCAGCGAGGUCCGUUACUCCGGGCCCUUACGAGAGGCGCACGAUGGCUGAGAGAGCCUCUACCCGACCAGCGCAUGACGAACUCAACUCUCGGCGUCGCGGUUCCCUAACUAACCCGGCUCCUAUUUUGAAAUCUGGCCCAGGAAAACGUUCCUCAUCUGCUGCCCCCAUGCGCCGCGCAUCUAGCACCGCCAACAUUGACCAACAACAGAUGUUACUGACCAAUGAAAUCACUUUUUCGGAUGACGAAGAGAUAAACGAGCUGGUGAUGAAUGCGGCAAAGAUGAAGGCCGCUCAAGCCUUGGAGAAACGCGAAAGAUCUUCUAGUGUUGACGCCAGGAAACUGGCUCAUCAGAACGGGCAAGAUGAGAAAGAUGGAGAAGUGCUGAUGGUGCGACGGGACAGUUCGGGUCACCACGGUGUACAGGUCAUGAAGCAGAACGAGAUGAGAUACGACUCGACCACCCGUGUUAACGUGGUGAAGCGACCACCGUCCAGAGGGAGCUCUACAGACCGAGCCAAUAGCACGGCAUCAAGUGCGGCUCGGUUCCGGUCUCAGACGCCCGAUCCGUCUAUGUUCAGACAAAAGAUGGGUGUGAGCAAAGCGAAAGAGAGCUCCGAUGCGGAUAUGAAUCGGACAGAGGCUUGGGUGGACUCGACUCUCUCUGAUCCCAAAAGGAAACCCCCAACAAGAGCCAAACGCGGCAAAGUCGUCGGCAAGGAGAUCCCAGCCAGCGAGUUGGUGCCACGUCCCCUUGAGGAGAUCAAAGCUAUUCUGACAGAGCCGCAGAAUGGCCUGUCUCACUUGGACACCUGCAAACUGGACGCUCCCCCCGAGGACCCAGAAAUGUACCGAAAGAUGGAGAGGUUGUUUGAGAAGUAUAGAGAGAUGGAGCUACGGGCAUCAGUCAAUGACACGCCUGGUGGCGGACCUGCAGAGGCAAAGAGCAAACCAGGGGAUGGUAACUCUGUCAAAGCGGGUAGUCAGAGAUCAACCAACGCUUCAUCUCGAUCAACCCCGUCCGUUGCUUCCUUAAAGACGUCGACCGGCUCUCAUUCCUCGUCCUCUGGCAUAUCUGCAAACACUCCUCCUUCAAACGGUCACGGUGUUGCCUCACAACCUCCUAGUGUCAAGUCGUCAUCCAGUGAUGAUCAGAAUCGAUUUCGAAGAUCUUCCAGCGUCCCAGGAUCAUUCCAGCAGCAGCUACAUCACCGGGCCAAAAAUACGUCGUCCAACAACGGCUCUGCCGCCUCUACUCCUGGCCACGAGACCAGGGAGUUUCCCCAUGGAGACGGUGAAGAGUUCCCGCGGAGGAGACCGCCUAGUCGACAAGGCUCUGACGUCGGCUCAUCUACGGAAAGCAAGGGCCGUAAGGCUUCUUCUCUAAAAGACAUUGACACGGAGGUGGCUAAAGACCCAACAGCUUUGAUUUCAAAGAUUAAAGAAAUCCUCCGCGUGCGUCCUCGAAAGGACGAGAACUCUAAGGUGCCAACACGAAUCCCUGCCCCAGCAGCACUGAGCAAGAAAACACGCUCCAAAUCGGUGUCAAACCUGUUCUCGUCGGAGGGCGUGCCAAGGCGUGAGAGUGCUGGCAGCAGCUGUGGGUUCGGUCGGGAGCUGAGCUUGAGACAAAGCAACGGCUCCGAUGAAUUGGUGGACGACCAUGACAGUUUGGGCGUUGACGUAGCCAACCGGCUGAACCGCUCGAGCCGAGCCAACAGCACAUCCAGCGGCAACAUUGCCUACUCAGAGUUUGUGUUCACCGACGAAAAGGCGGACGAGGUGGGCGAGCUCACACGGGCCUGGUCCGUACAAUCAGACUCCAGCGACGGGAACAACCGCUCCGAGACGCCCGUGCCAAAAUUAGCCACGCCCCUCACGACGGGACGGUCCACUUUUAUCAACAGAAAGGGAGACCAUCUGACCAGAGGGCUGUCGCAGGAGAAGGAGAAUAAUUUGUCGAACUCUCAGUCCUCUCUGUCUAGCCGGUCUGUGCUCUCGGCCGCAGAGGACGAUGGUGACUACGUAUGACGAGAUCAGGUUUUGUGAUACGCACACGGACAAAGGUAUCCACAAAAUGAUGACCUUAAACAGGAAGUGUGACACAAUUGCAGUGAAGUAAACUCAUAACAUGGUUAUAGAGAUGACAAAGUUUAGCGUCGGACGUUGAAAGAUCCUCUUUCGAAAAAGUAAAUGCCUGCAGUUGGUUAUGGCUAUAAAAUAUAAGUGUUGAUCAUUUCUGCAGCGACCGGUUUCACUCCAUGGCAUUAUGUUUGUCAAAAUUCAGUACGGUAACUGACGUCUUAAUAUGGUUAAAAUACUGAAAUCGUCCACUUGAAAUGCUGUCCAGUGAGGAGUGAGUCAUUUUGCAUUUGAAGACUGAUGGUGUUCUUCUAGGAAUCAGUUUUUAAUCCCCAAAACACACACACACGAACGCACGCACGCACGCACGCGCGCGCACACACACACACACACACACACUUUAAAAAGUCGUAAUUGAGCAUUGAAAAUACAUUGUAUUUUUAUUGAAGUCCAACAGUGUUGCUCCUGCAAGGCUGUUCUUGACUUGUCUGACAAUGAUGCCUCCUCACCAAAAAAGCGCAUUUUUCUGCACAAUCAGUUGUGUAGUGUUUUACUUUUAAUUAGAUUGCUAAUUAGCCGCUUUAAGCUGCAUCUUUCUCUUCUCCAAUGCAAGGGAAAACGCUUUAUUUCCCCUCUUCGCCAUAACUCCUGUUUGUUUUGUUGUUGUUGUUGUUGUUGUAUUUGGGCUUUUCAUUCUUGGUGUGAAAAAAGAGUGGUUUUUGAUCACCGCACUAUUUUUUUGUCACGGAAUCGGUACUUGUCUGAAAGGUGAACUGUCCUUUCCUAGCAACUACUUCCAAAGAUGUGAUACAUGUAAAUUGUUUCUAAUAAUUGUCAUACCACAGCUGCAGAAAUAACAGCUGCUUAAUAUAUAUACUGCUAAAGAUGUUUAAUAAGAUGUUUACCUUUAGCAUCUGUCAAGACAGAGAGACACGUUUAAAGGUCGCUCUUAAAUCCUUUCAUAAGAUGUAACUGCUAUCAAUGAUUCAUUCUCUGCUGCUGAGAGAAAAUGUUUGCAGGAGGUAUAAACAUAAUAUCUCGUGUGAAGCAGAUUUUGAUCUGUUCGUGUCCUGCCUUGAAUGCUAUUUAAUGAUAAAAUGAUUUAAACAAUUGAACUGUUCGUUUUUACCACAUAGAAAAAUGAGUGUACAGGUUUCGCUUAAAUGUAACCACCUAGUUACCCUGUGUUAAACAAAAGGCAUAAUUCUGUGGUGUCAAUAGUUUGGCAUCAACUCGAGGGUGUUGGGCGCAUGUCUGUCUUCGUGGAGAUGCCAGGAAGAUCCAACGGUGUCAGACAUGGUAAAAACACAGAUAUUGUGUACUAGGCCUAGCACAUACGCCAGUCUCAUGUACACAACACAUGAUUGGUGUUUCAUUGGUUAAAUGACGUAAGGGUGGCGGGGUUGAUAAUAUCUAUCACAUAUCAAUAUCAAGGGGGCAAAUAGGUACAAUGUAUCAAAACCCGUUGGGGGAAAAGGCAAACACGAGUCUCCACAAUGAGAAAGGGGCGCAUAGAUCAGAAUGGGAAUAUAUUGACUCUGCAUCACUUUCUCAAACGACAAAGUCUUGCGUUCGUUUUUUCUUGCUCUCACCUGCUGUUAUCAGUUACCCAAGCCAUCUUACCUCACAUUACUGUAUACAAGUAUAAACUAAGUAUACCCCGGUACGCAGAGUCUCGUAAAUGAAUCUUUCCAGGUGUCGAAACGGUAUUUAGGGCCUCUCUCUUCCUCAACCCUUUUUCAUUCCCACAUGCAUCUUGGUUCCAGUUUUAGGCCCAAGAUUCUGACGAUGGCACGCCGUUUUAAAUAAUCAAGAUUUCAAGCAUUAUAGCGUGUAAAACUCCCUCUAAAUCCUUACGCACUCCAUUGGGCACCGAUAUGGCUGUUUUGGAGAGAAGUGCAACGUGGUUUAUGAGGUGGACGUGGGCUGUAAAACACUGAAUUGAUAUCUUUUAGUCGAGUAUUGGGUGGUGGGGGCUCACAGAAAGCGAAAUACCAGAUACAAGGAAUUGGGAGACCAAAUUUUUAAACUUUUUUCUCGUGUUGUUGGUUUGUUUGUUUUUUUGUUGGGUUUUUGUUUGUUGGUUGUUGGGUUUUUUUUGUGUUGUUUUUUUGUGUAGGCCUAAUCUGACUUUAUAUUGACCUGCUACACGUGAUUUGAGGUUACCGGAUAGUGAAUUUAAUUACUCUACAACGAAACUCAAACACAUUUUGUGCCGUACAAUAUUGAUCUGAUAGUGUCAGUUAUUGAACCUGCACAGGGAUUCUGAGGAUGCUUGUCCGUUUGAAGGUCUACUGCGGUGUUUUUUCUUCUAAUCGACGGUAUACCAACGGACCAGUCUGGCACUGUUCCGCUUGGCGUACCGGUCUACUACCUAACCGAAAGCCUAACCCAACGACGGAUUAGUGUUUGGUUUAGGGUUAGAGUUAUGGAUUAUAGUAGACUGACAAGUGGAACGGUUGUCAGACUGCUCCUGUGGUAGACCGUCAGGGAGAAUACAGGUAGAAACAUCUGGGUCGACCGUCAAAUGGACUGGCACCUUAUAAUAUGUCUAUCUCAACCUGUCUUACUUUUAUUAUUGUCUAAGCAUUAAUGCACGCUACGAGUGAAGAGUGAUGUACCCCUGCUACCCAUUUUUCUGCCAAGACUAUGUCAAUUUCCUUUUCUUCAUGGGUGCUCAUGUACUUUGGGAAAGAUGCAGCACGCCCUAUACGCUCUUAUACAUGUACAAUCUGAGUGUCUGGAGCUCGCCCCGAAAUGAGUUUGUACCACCAGGCCCACCACGGACUCUGUAUUGUAACAAUUAUAGUUCUCUGGGAUAUAUUAUGGCCCAGUCAGGUUGUGGUAUUUUUAUUUAAUAUUUUUUAUGGUCCAGUAUUUAUUGUACACAUAUAAUAUGAAAGUGGAGAGACUACAUACAAUUCCAUAAAAGAAUGUGUUGUUUCAUGAUUACCUUGUCAUUCGUAUAACCAUCGUUUGUAGGCACAGAAGGCAUUAUCACUGUGUGUAUGUACAUCAGAUACUCUGUUUAUUCAUGAGCAAUAUCAACAAAGUGACCCAAAAGUCAAGAUUAUACUAUUUUUUUUAUCGUAUACACAUGUAUGUUCAUUUCUUUUCAGGGACAGUUAGAACCCCUUUUAAUUGUUCAAGGCAAGAGGAAUAUAUGAAAACGUUUAAGUCCUGGGUUGUUUAAUCAAAAAUGUUCUAUGUUCAUUAAUCAAGUAGGCGUUUGAUGAAGUCCCAGACCAGUCAUGAUUUUACCUCCUGGUUGUCCUGGAGCGGUUAUUUUCUCUUUACAAUGUGUUUGUAGUAUUGUGUUUCAACAGUAUAGGCCUAUUUAUUCAAGUAAAUUUCUUGACGUCUUUUUGCAUUUCCUACUCUGUGUAUUUCAUAUCACUUUAUAUGUGCAAGCGGCAAAUGAAUGAUGAAGACUCUAGAAACAGAGGGGCAGAUCAGAUCGCAUUUUGAGCAUGUUGAAUGCCAAUGUCCAAGGUAAAAAGUUUUUGGUGAAUAGUCUGAUUUUUACAGCAUAACAUUUUCACCCUGUCUGGCAAAAUAGACUAAAGUUUUACUAAACACAUUUCACUGAGGGGGAAACUGCGCAGUAGAGUAAGAUAGAGCAAACAACUAUGGCAUUUGGAUAAGCCAAUAAAAAAAACCCACUUUGGUGAAUACAUUUGAUUGAGUCCAUUUCUGUACUUGAAAGGUUUGGGUAGUUCAAAAGCCUCCACGUCAAUCUACAGCAGAGGGCUCUUCAAUGCAUCGUUUUGAACCAAUUAAGAAAAAUAUCUAAUAUAAUCAGUAUUAUUUUACAGCUUUAGUUAGCAAUCCCUAUAACUGAAGUCACAGUGUCACCCAAAGGAAUAAGACGCCCUGUCCCAAAACUGCCUCAGUCCAAUUUAAUUCUCCACAUUUCCUUCCUUCAUUCACUCUCUAAUGAACGUGUACUGGUGAAAGACUUCUACAACUGUCUCAACUUCAGUCUGGUAUCGAGGCUCAUCAUAACAGCAAUGUAUGUUAUUUCAACAGCUGAUUCACAUUGCUGUCUGCCUGGCCAAAGCAAAUAAUUGCAGUUUUGAAAUACCUGUAGUACAACGUAUCAUAAGUCCUUAAUGUGCCGUAUGGAGGGGUUUUUUUUUCGAAAGCCAAAAACUACGAUGGGCAUACCAAAAGUUUUUUUUUUUACCUUACCAUGAACUUGGCAUGAAGGAAUAAAGGUAGAAAGCUGAACUUUGGUACUAACUUUAAUCUUUCUCUAUAUAGUCGCCUCCAACAGUUAUACAAAUUUUACCAUCAGUAUGUAUGUAACCUUGAAAAGACCUUGAGAAUAGAAGACCAUCCCUUUGUCGGAAAAUCAGCCCUCUGUCGCUUCUUCGACCCCAUCAUCACUUUCAAAUUGCCUUCCUGUUAAAUCCUUUUUCAGUUUUGUGAAUACAAAAAUGUCGGACGGGGCUAAUCAUCUUGUGAAUUCCACAGCCACUUUCUCAUGCAGUUUCUGCAGCUUUUCUUGAAAAGUGUGCUGCCCCGUUGUCGUGAAGCAGCAAAAUGCCCUUUCGGAUCUUUCCUCUGCGUUUUUCUAUUAUAGCCUCUCGUAAUUUCUUAAGCUGGUUUUGGUCCCAAAAAACUGAUAGCAUCACUUUUUCACUUGAUGGCUGCACCUUUGCCUUCUUUGGUGUUGGGGACGAGGGCCGUUUCCACUGCAUUGAUGCAGAUUUUGGCUCCGGAUCGUUAUGGUAGACCCAUGUCAGCUCAGGAUCGUGUUGGUCGACCCGUGUCUCAUCCAUUGUUACAAGUCUUUCAGAAAAUUUUGUUUAAUCCUUUUCAUACAGACCAAGCAAUUUUUGACAACAAUCCGCACGUUGCACUUUUUGAGGAGUCAACAAACGAGGGACCCAUCUCGCAGAAACCUUGGUCAUAUUCAAAUGUUCAUUUAAGAUUCGUUCAACUGAUCCAAUGCUAAGCCUAGUUUCUUUGCUCAAACGUUCGUCUGUCACCCGCCUUUCAAACAAACAAGUUUCUUGAUUUUCAACACAUUCUCUUCUCUUGUUGCUGUCACUGGGCGACCAUCACGGUGGUCAACUUCAAUGUCUGUGAAUGCGCAUCUGAAUUUUUUACACCAAAAUUUUAUAACUGCAUAGAAUGGGCAAUCGGUUCUAUACGGCAUGCAUCUCCGUAAAAAUAUCCUGUAGUUGCUUGCCUUGCAAGAACAAAAACUUCAUUACUGCCCUGUGCUCAAUUGUCUCCAUAACCAUUGUUAUGUUGAAACUGGAGAACAACAAACCCCCAUUCUCUUUAAAGUGCGCUGGUGUUAAAACCAAUUAUCCCCAAAAUUCUCAUGUAUUCUUGGAAGAUGAUUGUUGGCUUUCACCCCAAAUUUCAGCUUUCUACUUUAUUCAUUCAUGGUCAGGUAACACAAAAAACCUUUUGGUAUGCCCUUCGUAUAUCUUAUAUUUCUAUAUUUUCUUUGCAAUUCUUGUUUGUGAUUUUGUCAAAUUUAAACUGACACAUAUUGAUAAUAUUGUGAGGUAUUUUAUUUGACACGAUACAUGUAUCUCUAGUUCUGCUGCUCACCUCCAUUAAAACUAUGAUGAGACUUAGAAUAGUAUUUUGGGGGUCUAUAAAAAAUUUAACUUUUCCAAAGUCAGUGCCUCUAUGGUUUGUGGGGAUCUUUACGAGUCCAUUUUUACUUAUUGAUCUGUCCAUGAUUCAUUGUCUUGGUAAUAUGUCUUUUCCUCUCUCCAUUCACUCCUUUCAUCUCUGACACAGUAUAACACGGAGGGGUCGAACACAGACGACUCGACAUCGCGCAUCCGUCGAGCUGUGCCUGCGGUCCCGUGGGUUUUUUUGUUUCUUUAUCCCGUAAACUAAAUAUCCCUUACUUGAACUACCGAGGCCAGUCCCGACGAAUUCGAGUUAUCCGUGUUACACUGCUUAUUGAUCUUUUCAUAUCUCUUGUGGUUUGUUCAUGCUCGAGAGUUUUCUAAAUCUAGAAACGUCUCACAGUGUUAAUGUUUAUAUAUUAAUAUUUAUUGUUUCUAUGAUGUGAUGACAGUUACAAGUAUUCUAGAUAGGUGAUUUAUCAUUUCUCAUUGAGUUGGUUGCUGCCUCCUGUGCUGCUGCUGUGAAGUUGUCAUGUUAAUAGCUUCAGUUCUUAUACAUUUGUACCCAUUUAUUCGUACAUGAUAUGUUCCUCUCUGGCUGUUAUUUUAUUUCUGCAACCCUAUGUGAUAAUUUUAGCUUCUUUCAUGACCCAAAAGGUCAAUGUUUUCUCUAUUUUCUUGAAAAUUCUUUUUAAGUCUCAGUUACUAACUCUAAUUUUCUGAUUGCUGUUAUCAUGAAAGAGUCGAGCAAUAGGUAGGUACACAGUAGGCCUAAAGAAUUUGAGAACAAAAGAAAAAUCUGCUUUUGAAUAAACAGUGACACAAAAAGGAUGCCUUAUAAUGCACCCAAAAAAAAAAGCCUAAAUUAGGGGGCGGUUGUUUGGUUGGGUUUCUUUUUUUUUUGGGGGGGGGGGGGGGGGGGUAGGAGAGCAACCUUUUUUUUACACCCGACACAAAAGAGUAAACAACAGAGGAUUAUAAGAUCCAAAGAAAAUUAUAAACUAAUCAAAAUCAAAAUUCGAUAACCAACUACAAUGAUAAUGAUGCCUCAGUGUUGAAACAAAAACAACUACCGUACUGUACAAAACUAAUUGAUACCACACAAACCCGCAUGAACAUAGCUUUUUUAAAACUUGCUUGAAUUUUAGGGUGAUAAUGUUUUAAAACCGGGACUUUUAAUCUUUAUCAAUUGUGAUAAAUUCUUAUCUUGUUUCUCACAGCAUGAAGGUAGAUAAUUCUUGGAAUUUGAGUUCACACAAUUAUAUUAUUUGUCACAAGUUCUGAUCAAGUGGUAUUCAUUUGCCUUCACGUAUCUUGACAAUCAUCAACAGGGACUGAUGGAGGAGUAAAUAGAUCUAAUCUUCUUGAAAUGCAUACAUUUGUAUUUGUGUGUAUUGAUGUAAUUAAGACUAUUUUAGCAGAAUAGAUUUUUUGUAUUGUAUUUGAGGAGUGGAGACUAAGUUAACAAGACUGUCCAGAUACGGUCAAACCUCGUUGUACCGUCAGCCCUGCUUACCACAAGGUUUUGCCAGUGUAUGACAAGGAAUGCCUAUUAAAACAUAAUAUUUUCCUCUCAAAACCGUUAUCCGCCAUCUGUCUCAAUUGUUCAGUCCUAAUCAAACUAAUGUAAAUUUGCCCCGACAUACCUCCAGCGAACUGGCCACAAGAGAUCAUACACUGCACACGGUACACGGCGCCCAUAGGUGGCUGCUUGCUUCAUUCUUUUUCCCCACCUACAUCUCUGCGAGCUUAUCAUUUUCUAGCGCUGGUUGAUUUACUCCUGAUCAUGGAAAUACUAUUAUUUUUAUACUUUGGCAAAUACUUUUUUUUAAAAUUGGAAUUAAAUUCUAAAGUUGUCAGGAAAAACUUCAAAGAAACUGCGCCACCUCGGCCUGUCUACUUGGUAUCUCUAGACAUCAGCACAAAGGCUGGCGGGCGCCCAUGCACCUUUUACAUGGUGAGGACUCCUGCUCAAGUAAAAGAUUACAGAUGGCCCGUAGAUUGACGUAGGGUGAAAAAAGAAAAAAAAAACGUCUACAGAGUCAUUGGCACAUUAUAGCUUAGCUUUUGAUCCUGUAGACAUUUUCAAUUUGAAUGGAGUUGUAGAUGUAAUUCUUUGCUACUCGUUUUUCAUUUUCACCUGCGUAUGGUAAUCGCGCAAGACAGAAAAAUGAAUCAAGACUAGCUACAGUCUUUGUAGUCUCCACCACUCUACCACUAGUCGAGAUGGCAUUCAAUGCUAUCCCGUUUUACCGCCAGCCCCGCUGUACCGCCAACUUCAUGCUUGUCCAAAGAUAGGCAGUCUUAACGGGGUUUGACUGUACUUUUCUAUAUUUUCUUUGCUUAUGGCGUAAUUUCAGUGUUCACAAUUUUUAAAUUUUGUCCUUAAAGAAUAAAAACAAAGCAUUUAGAAAGCAAUGUGAUAUUUACGAGUCUAGUAACUCAAUGGACAUUAUUAUAAUCCAGUAGAGUGGGGUGCUCCCCAAAAAUUAUAAAGUUCACAGUCAUUUCUUUUCAUCAUUUCCUGCCAGAUAUAAGAUGGAAGAAAGAUGAUGUCAACAGCAAUUUGUAAAUUCAUUAGUGCAGCUUUAUUUAUUCUGGUGAAACUGCAGCCUCCUUCCGAUCUCAGAACCUCAUCAACCAUAAAGCACAUUUCUCUCUUGUUUCCAGGACCUGACAAAAAGUACACUUACUUGACUUACUUCUCUGAUGCAUGUAAAAUUUAAAUAGACACAAUAGAUGACAGUUCCAAAAAGCAUUGCUUUUUCUUAGCUGUAUGCCCUUCGUGGAUUAGGGUAGAAAAGUACAUUGUCAUAGUAGGCCCACAGUAAAAACUGAUGCCCUUUCUGAAAAAUACAAAAAGCUCUACUUUUCUGUGUUUUGUUAGCUCAAGUUUCAAGUUGUUUAACAAGGAUUUGGGAAUGACAGGAAACAAGGUGCGUCCCAAAUUACAAACAGCUCUGCAUACCUUUCCUUCACUGAGUGAGUGUUUACCAACCUUUUUUUUCACUCUUUAAUUUUGAGAUAAGCACUUGUAAAACUGUACGGCAAAUAAUGAAAAAGAAAAAGAAAAGGCAAGAUGCUGAAAGAGACAACUGUAAACAAAAAUAAAUAAUUAAUUUGGGGAGCUUCAACAGCGAAGUAUGUGGGCAAUAUGAGAAGCAUCAUGGUGUUUGUCAAAAUAAUAAAA